GGCCUCCGCCAAGCAGUAUGUGCUACUUCCAUGGCGACGAAUCCAAACCAGAGAUCAACGGCGCUCUUUUCAAACCACUUUGCGGCGGAAACCGUUUAAUUUCAUCACGAUUAUGAUCAUUUAACGCGGCAUGCAAAACAUAAACGGCAUUAAAAUGAAGCUGAGACGAGCCAUUGGCCCGAGGGCUGGCACCAUACGCGGUAAUGUAGCGUUAUGCUGACGUUUAAUAAGCUAACAGUAGCCGCGACAAAAAAAACAAAAAAAAAACUGUUUACCAGUAGCUAGUUCAGUGAUAGCAGGACCAGCUAGCUCAACGUUUCACGCAAAAAAUGCGGCUGUUUUAGUAACUUGUAGUCCUGUAUUAUAAAUGAAACACUGGACAUUUAAGCACUACUUAGUUAGCGAACUGCAGGCAGUACAAAAACAACAAUGAACAGCAGCUCGGAGAGGAAAUUCGUCAAUCUGCGGAAGCGUCUGGAUCAGCUGGGCUACAGACAACCUCUUGGAAUAGAGUCGCUGCCGCUGGUGGAGAAGCUGUUCAGCGACUUGGUCCACACCACGGAGAGCCUGCGCAAUGCCAAACUAUCAGCGGGGAAGACCGAGAAGGAGAGCCGAAACGUCGACGCUCUGCUGGAGCCCUACAGGGCAGAGAACGCCAGAGUGGUCAGGGAAAACAACGAGCUGCACCUUGAGCUCCUGAAACUGAGGGAGGAGAAAGAUCGUGUCAGCAGAGAUCUCAAAACACACAUCAGGAAACUGGACCACGAGACGUCUGACCUGAAGUUUCUAAACAACCAGUAUGUGCAUAAGGUGCGCUGCUUGGAGAAGGACAGCAAGGCCAAAGCGGAGCGCAUCCAGCAGCUGCAGGAGAAGAACAUGCAAGCCGUUGUGCAGACGCCUGGUGGGAAAAAGCGCAGUAUUCCAUUCAGACGGCAGAGAAUGCAGAUCGACGAGCUUACGCCUCCCUCCUCUACGUCGGCCUAUCCGGUCCAGCAGCCCGACGAUCCCUACAUAGCUGACCUGCUGCAGCUGGCCGACAGAAGGGUUCACGAACUGCAGGAAGACAUUAUUAAACUCAAACUAGACGUGGAAAACGCCCAAGAAUGUAUAAAUCAUCUGAACGCUCAGGUGGACGAACGGGACAGAGAGAUCGAGCGUUUGAAUUGCGCACUCCAGGGGGGGCGACCUCACGACGUCAUUUCCCUCGAAGUCCAGAACGUCAGCAACGAGAAACUGAUCGCCCAUCUCAACCUGCAGAUCGAGUACCUGCAGGAGGCCAACAGGACCCUGGAGGAAAGGAUAGAAGGGCUGCAGCAGAAGAAGAAGGACGCCUCCACGGAGGUGGCGAACCUCUCCCUAAAGAACCUGGAGCUCUGUGAGGAACUGACGCACAUAGAUCACCUGGCGAAGUGCAUGGAGAUGGACAAGGAGCGAGUGUUGGAGAACGUCGAUACGGAACUACAAGAAACUAAAAAAGAAAUUCAGCGGCAGCAGAAAAUCAUCGAAGACUUGGAGGAUAUUAUCACAAAGACAAGAAGGGAGCAGUCCGAAGGAGAGUUUCAAAGAGACCGCUUAAGAGAUCAGCUGCUGGAGCUCCAGGAGCAGAACGAGAAGUUGGAGGGACUGAUCAACUUCCUGCAGGACGAGAAAACCAGGCUGCAGGACAAAGUGGAGAAGACCAUGGCAGCGGACAAAGAGCUGGUGCUGGAGUUGGAGGCUAUGCGGGCCAAACAUGGAGUCUGUGGCAGAGAGCGCUCCCCGUCUCGUCUAGACGCCUUCGUGAAAAGUCUAGAAGAGGAGAGGGAUUUCUACCGCCAUGAGGCCGAGCGCUACAAGAGGGCCAGAGGAGCUGGUGGGCCCGGCUUGAGCCCCAGUCGCAGUCCAGACAGAGGCAGGAGUCCCAAAGGCAAAGGCAUCAAGGGAGGUGUUCAGGAGGGAGAGCUGAUCCGUGUGAUCAAAGAAAGGGAUGAGCUCAAGGCAGCUCUGAUGGACUUUGAGAAGCACAUGGAGGACAUUCAGAACAAUGUGAAAGCCCUCACUAGUGAGAGGGAGCAUUUCAGAACCCUCUUUAAGCAAGCUCAAGAUGACCUGAAGUUGUCGCGCAGAGCAGAUUUGUCGGCUGACGUCUUGAGACAGCGGGAGGAGCUGAGACGAGCAGAAGUGAAGCUUGAGCAGAUGAGCUCUGAAAGGGACUCUCUGAUGGAGCGGUUAAAGCUUGCCCAGACAUCAGCUCUCACAGACAGACAGGGAGAGGAGAGGAGGAUUCUCGACCUGGAGAAUACCAUCAAGAGCCUGGAGCGGGAGAGGUUGGAUCUGCGCGCCCAGGUGUGUCUGUUGAAGGAGAGCCGGGAGGCUGCGGAGGAAGAGCUGAAGGUGCGGUCCGCUUCUGUGGUCCAAAACGCAGAAGAAGUGGCCCAGCAGAGGGCCGAGGCGAGCGCUCUCAGGCUGCUGCAGGAGCAGAUGGAGCAGUCACUGUCUGAUACCCAACGAAGGCUCUCAGUGAAGAUGAACGAGCUGCAUGUGGCCCACGAGCAGAUUGAAAGACUGGAAGAGAGAUUAGGGGAGCUGAGUCAGCAGAGCUCUAGACACAAAGAGGAAGUAGCUGCCCUCCAGAAGUCAAUCUCUGCCCUGGAUAGGGAGAAAGAUGCCCUGCAGGACGAGGUGGACCAAAAGACAGAAAAACUGGUUGCUCUCCAGGACAACCUGUCCCAGAAGGAAAAAACCCUUGAAGAUGUGAGACUCACUGUCAAAAACAUGGACAAUUCACUGGCUCAGCUACAAGGAGCCCUGAAGAGCCGUGAAAGGGAGGUCAGCAGUCUGAGGAGGCAGCUGGACGCGUCUCAGGAGGAGCUGGCCGCUCUCAGGAGAGACAAGGAAGUCACACUGAGAGAGAACAGGAGGCUGCAGGACGACCUGGCCACCAUGACCAGGGAGAACCAAGCUGUGCAUUUAGAAAUGGAGGAGGCUUUGCACGAGAAGGAUGAGUUGAAGCUGAGGGUCCACGCCUACAUCUCCGAGGUGUCCAGAAUAGAGAAACUGAUGGCCACGAAGGAACAAGAGAGCAGGGAUUUACUGGAGCGCUUCAAGAUGGCCCACUCGGGGAUGCAGGAACAGGAGCAGAAACUGCACCAGGCCGAAGGCCUCACUAACUCCAUCCGCCUGGAGCUGCUGUCCGCCGACACAGAGCGCCGGCAGCUCCGGGAUUCUGUCGGACAAAAGGAGAGAGAGAUCCAACAGCACAUGCAGGCACUGCAGGCUUAUGAAGCCCAGGUGUCCUCACUGGUGCGCGGGAUGUCCCGACUAGACGAGGAGCUUCGCAAAGCCCAGGAGGAGAAGGCCGCUCUCCUUUCCGAUCUAGCUUCCGUCAGGGAGCUCUGUGUCAAACUAGACUCAGGAAAGGACCUCACCGCACGGCAGCUCACCUCCAAGAGCAUGGACCUAGAGAGGGUCACAGGAGAGCUGGAGGACGUUCGGUCAGAGGUCGAGGUCCUGAAGAAGCAGCUGGCCAGUGAGAGGCUGACGGUGCGCAACCUGGAGACGCUGCUGUCCACCAACCGGCAGAAAGAGUUCCAGACGCAUCUGACUGCCAGCGAGAGAGAGUCUGAGCUCAAAGCCCUGCGCGACAGGCUCACUCUAGCUGACAGCAAAAAUGCAGAGCACACCAGGGAGGUGUCGCAGCUCCGCGGCAAAGUGUCUCAGCUGCAGACGGAGAUGGACGUCCUGAAAAGACAGCUGACCACCGAGCGCUUUGAACGUGAAAGAGCGGUUCAGGAGAUGCGUCGGCAGGGAUUGUCAUUUUCAUCUCUGCAAAGCUCGUCUCCCCUCAGCUCGUCCGGCGGCUCUCACCAAACCUCUGCAGAACGCUCCAUCCUCCGAACCCACGAACAGUCCACAGACAAGAAUGUUAGCUUCAAGGAUUAAAGACAAAUGAAGUUGCAGUGAGUCAGAUCAACUCUAUAAGUUUAUAGUUGGAUAUGAAGUACGAAGGCUUCCACAGACCUCGAUGUGACGUAGCCUGAAGCACGCCUCUGUGUUGCUAAAGUGUACUAACCAAGCAAUGUCUCAAAUCAGGGAAAAAACUGUUUUAAUCCUGAAACUAAAUGUUUUCCUAUUCCAAAUAUUUUAUAUAUAUAACUCUUGUUGGUAUCAGGUACAUUAACAGGUCAAACAUGUCUGAAAGGAGUUUUAUUCAUAACAUUCCUAACCCCAAAAACUAAACUAAUGAAAUGGUAUGUAUGUCCGGGAGUUCUGUGAAUUAUUCAUUGAUAUUCUUGUUUUGUUUUUUUUAUGCAUUCUAAUAAUAAAUUAUUUGUAAAAAAUAAAGGGAAUAAGAAUCACAAAAGAAAUGGAUGUACAUAUUUACAAAGUUUCUCAGUUUUAUUUGAUGGAAAACAAUUUCUAACAUGAACUGUAAGGCACAGAGGGAAAAAAAAACAACUCAUCAGCAUGAAUGUGCUGUUAUUUGGAGUCUUUAAAUGAUUCCUUUGAAUUGUGUUUUUUUUUUUUCAGG